AUGUCCUUUGCUACUCUUCCAUCUGCCCUGCGAGCCACAGUGUCCUCCCAGGCCGCGGCGGUCGGGCAUCGCGCAUUCCACCCCGCCCCGUCAUCGUGUGCGAGCGUGCUCUUCAUGUUGAGCGCCUUGAGCAACAGCCGCGAGACCCAACAUUUGAAUAAAAUCACCAAACUCCCCCGACUGGAGCAUUCGCCCCCGCUCAAACUCAUCAAAAGCAGCGAAAUCGACCCGUUUCCCUGCCCCGUCCGUCCAAGCCCCGCGCCGCCCUCCUUCAUCCGCAGUAUCGAUGGCUCUAGAUCAGAACGAAGACUCUGGGAUCAAAAGGCGUUGCAGAUUGGUCGCGUACAUCUCACAGAUCAAGCAAGACGCACCCAUCGCUUGACCCAAGCUUUGGCUCGGGCAAAGCGGCGCGAGCUGAAGCACAAUGCUUUGUCUCGACGGGAGAGAACUGCUUGGCAGGCAGAGAGACAAAGAAUGCAGACCGACAUGCGCGCGGCUGGAAUGUGGAUCGUCUUGUCCAUCAGCACUGCGACUGCAUUGGCCACGUGGAGAUUCUGGCCGCAGAGGGAUAUCACCGCACAAACCUCCGACAUGGGCCGCCGGAUUGCUGCCAAAGCUGCCGGUGCCAUGACCCUCCCUGCGGCUGUAUCAAUCGAGCCGACUAUGACUGCCCCCGUUGCAGUGCCUCGACCGCCAGUGAAGCCAGUGGAAAGUGUGGUCUCGGCACCCUCCCCAAGUUCAGCUCCUCGACAGAGCUGGUGGAAAGGCCUUUUCUGGGCGCCUCAGCCUUCCUAA